AUGAUGGGAAAUUUACCUGAGCAGCGCCUUCAGCCUGGCUAUCCAUUCCAGACUACAGGAAUGGAUUACGCGGGUCCUAUAUUAGCACUUAAUAAGAGAGGUCGCGGUAGCAAGACAGAAAAGGUAUACAUCGUCAUAUUUAUCUGUUUCACCACCAAAUGCGUACAUCUCGAACUCGUCAGUUCGCUAUGUAAAGAUUCCUUCCUAGCCACGUUGCGUCGCUUCAUUGCUAGACGAUCUAAACCUGCUACCUUAUUCUCUGAUAAUGGAACUCAGUUCGUGGGAGCACGAAAUGAGCUUUAUAAGUUCCUCAACGAUAAUGCAAGUUCUAUAAUUGAUGAAAUGUCUAAUGAGCGUAUAGACUUCAAAUUCAUACCUGCAUAUGCACCACACAUGGCCGGUCUGUGGGAAGCCAAUAUAAAAUGCAUAAAAGCCCAUUUACAUCGCGUGUUAGGGAACGCACACUUAGUAUUUGAAGACCUCUAUACAAUUUUAGUUCAAAUUGAGGCCUUACUAAACUCACGUCCCUUAACCCCACUCUCGACUGACCCACGUGACAUGAGACCUUUGACCCCGGGGCACUUUUUGGUAGGACGACCGAUGACUGCUUUGCCCUCGCCUCCGCUUGUCGACGUUAACCAGAACCGUCUCACUCGUUUUGAAAGGCUGGAGCAGUUACGCCAACACUUUUGGGCCAGGUGGCACAAGGAGUACAUUACUGAACUUCAACAACGCACCAAGUGGCGCACGUCUAAGGGUCAACAACUAAAAAAGGGAGCAUUAGUCCUAAUUAAAGAAGAAGGACUCCCGCCGAUGAAGUGGCGACUGGGCCGCAUCACAGAGAUAUAUCCAGGGAGCGACGGAAUCGCCAGGGUCGCGGAUAUCAACACUGCAAGAGGAGUGAUACGCCGUGGCUUCAACCGCAUCUGCCCGUUGCCUACCACUGACAUCGACGAGUUGAAAGUUAACCCUUUCAACGCCGGGGGGCAUGUUCGGGAUUCUUCGGAUGUCCUCCCCACCUCUAAGAGGACAACGGCCAACGCUGCAAGACCAGAUUGCAUACGACAUUGA